CCAAAUAUCUCCCCCUUGGUUUAUUGUUGAUGGAAUUUUAUGUGAUGCAGAAUGGUAACAAAUCUCGUAAAUCAAGUGAAAAAUAAGUUCCUCUCGAACUUUAUUAAAGUAGAUGAGGACUGGCUUUCAGGGUGCGUUGAAUGGGUCCACUCUGAGAAUCCCAGUUUCUCAGUCCAAGAAGUUUACCGGAAGGCCUACGAACAGUGGCUCCUUGCAGAUUUAACAGAAGUUGGUAUCCCUUGCCUUCCAGAACGGGUCACUCAACAGAAAGAGCCAUUUUCGCUCACCGGGAAGUUUCCUCUGCAAAUGAACUACAUUGUUGAUAUCUCUGAGUCCUUCUACGACCAGUGGCGACGCCUCAAUGAUCAGAAAUUGGAUGAGCCAGAACCUGUUGAGGAAUUCCGGACACAAACAAAGCAGCCUAGUAAGAAAAAGAGGCUCCUGAAACUUGAAUUGACGGAUGGAACGCGAAAAGUUGAUGCCAUGGAGUAUCGUCCAGUUGCCUGUCUCUCCACAAAAAUCUUCCCAGGGUGCAAAAUUCUCAUUUCCGGACCCAUUCAGUGCUCAAAUGGAGUUCUACUCUUGACUCCGCCUAACGUUAAGAUUCUCGGGGGAGAAGUUGAUACACUCCUGGUGCCCAAUGCUUUUGAAAAUAUGCUCCUAAAGGGACUGAACAAACCUCUGAAUCCUAAACCACGUAUGGACUAUCAGGAAAUAACAGUUGUGGAGGAAUCUCAGCCAUCAAGGACACAAAAUCGUCCAGUGAUCAUGGCAACCUUCGAUAGAAAGACAAAGGCAGUCAGUAAUGUUACCCCCGUGACUCCUGUGGCUCCAGUGAGAUCAGAACUGGACCAAUUUAUUGAUGAAGACGAUGAACUGCUAAUGGGAAUUGAGUUGGAAGCCGUAGAAGCAGGAAGAGGUCAAAAUGGACGCCCAACGACUCCGGAAUUGCUGGAAUUUGAGCGAGAAGAUGAUUUUUUCAACAAUUCCGUCCUCGAUACUCUCGACAGGCAUGCUUCCCAGAAUCCACCAGAACAACUUCCAGUCCCAUCCACCUCCAGACAAUCCAGGGAAUCCCUGCGAGACUUUGUCGAUGAUACUCUCUUCGUUGAUGACUUUAGUCCUAUUCCUGAACCUCAGCAUAUUCCAUCCAUCCUCGACGGAGAUUACAAAUUCAAGAUCCGGGGACUAUCUUUUGUGACAAUCGAUCAACUGAAAGCUGCUUUGGAGAAGGACAGAGCAAAAUUUGGGGAGAGGAGCUUCAUUUUGAGAGCAAAAUUCUUCAAGGUGAUCGAAAAAUUGACCAUUCAGAAUGAAUACUGGAACAUGGGGAUUCUACUAUGUGACUCCUGGUCGAAGGAAAAUCUCAAUGUACGCAUCCUUUCUGUAGCUCUCAACAAACUCUCUGGACACACGGCAAAAGAACUAAGUGAGAUGUACAAAACUGUUCAAAGUCGCCCACACGUGAAAGAAAAGAUUCUCGAGAUUCUGGACGAUUUGAAGGAGAAGAUAAAGAAAGUGGACUGUUUCAUGAAGAUAGACUACUCACCAGAACUGCCCUGUCCUACUCUCGUGGACCUAAUUGAUCCAGCUCCUGUGCUCAAUGGCAUUCUCAGAGAAAAAAUCAAAUACGAGAAUCUUACAUAAAUUUGAAGGUAAUUAAAAAAAAAACAUAUUGAUAUUUUAUUAUUCAGCCCUAAAAAAGUACAAAAAAAACAAGACAAAUUUUGAUCAUCACUCUUCCUUGCGUGGUGGUUUGAAGAUGAGAAUCUUGAGUUGUUCAUAAGUGAUCCACAGCACAAUGUUCCAAGACACAAGACGUGCAAAUGACGGCACAAAGCCCUUGUAGAAGGCCGAGGCUCCUUCGCUUCUGCCCAUUUGGAUGGCACAAUCGAUGGCUCCUCGGUACUGACCAGGCUUGGAGUUCAUGUAGCGCGUCUUGACUACGUCUAUUGGGGAAGCAGCCACAGUUGUGGCAAAGCCAGCAAUGACAGCGGCUGUGAAGUGACAGGGAAUAUUGUCCUCCAGGGACGUAUAUUUGAGUAGGCAAUCCUUGAUGAUGUCGUAACAGACAAUUUCAGCCACAUUGACAAUGGCAUUGCGACCGACAUUGGGCAGACAGCCCUUCCAUAGCCCUCGGACUCCCUCUUCGCGUCCAAUUGUUCUGUAGGCUGAAAGGGUGUUGCGAUAGCGAACAGAGUUGGGAGAGGCUGUUGUACGAUUCUGGGCCUGGAAGCGCACCUUCACGACGUCAGUCGGUUGAGCUAGCAUCACUGCUACUCCGCCUGUCGUGAGUCCAGCUAGGACGCGUGUAAAAAUUUGCAGGCCUUCUGGAUUCUCACGCAGGACGCGUUGAUACAGGACUUUGACGCUAUCAUAGGUUCCCAGACGAACUGAGGCAAAAGCCAUCUGUCUCUGCAGACCAGCUGAAAGUCCAUUGUACAGCGCUCUGUAGUGGAUUAAGAAAGAUUAAUUACAAACAGAACAAUCAAUUUAAAAAAUUGCGAUUUGAAUUGUUUUAUCAUGGCACAAACGGCACAAAAAAGAAAAGAAA